AGUAAAAAUACGUUUAUCGCAUGUCUGUCUCUAUUAGUGUUUACACCCGGCGUUCUACUUGAUACAAUGACAUAUGUACUAUUUCGAUUGGCUAUAGUUUGUGAACUGCUGUUUUUUGUAGUUGCCAGAGAAGAUGACUGCAUCACGAUUCAGAACGAUACUGGGGCUGUUUACAUCAAACGUCUGGAGGAAGCCAUCGACGCUGCUGUGUGUCAACUGGUAGACGACAUCACUUAUACUGACUAUGAUGUAAGAGAGGGAGAAGAGUUUGACUUUAUCGUGAUAGGGGCAGGGUCCGCCGGGUGUGUGGUGGCUAACAGACUUUCGGAGAACCCCGAUUGGAGAGUCUUGUUGCUGGAGGCUGGAGGAGAUCCUGACAUAACUAGUGAAUUUCCUGGGUUCUACGAAGAUGCUAUAAAUACUAAAUUUGAUUGGAAAUUUCCAACUCAACCUCAGCCCACCAACUGUCAAGGAAUGGUCAAUAAGAGCUGUACAUGGGCUGCUGGAAAAGUUGUUGGGGGCUCAAGCUCGAUAAAUGCUAUGUUAUACUUAAGAGGAAACCCGAAAGAUUACGACCAUUGGGAGAUUCUUGGCAACCCUGAUUGGGGCUUUAAACAUAUGUUGCAUUAUUUCAAAAAGUCGGAAGAUCUUUUAUCCAAAGAAGUUGAGAUGAAUGAGGAGACAUGGUUAUACCACGGAAAAGGUGGUUAUUUAAAAAUAGAAUCAUACAAAAACAACAUAGAAUUUUACAAGGAUUUUAUUUCCCGAGCAUUUAAUGAGCUGGGGCUACGGUCAUUUACUGACAUCAACGCUGAUCAUCACGAAGGCUUUUUCUUACUUCAGGGAACACUGAAUAAUUCAAGACGAUGCAGUGCAGCUAGGGCUUUUUUACACGACUUUCAAUUAAGACCGAACUUAAAAUUGUCAAAACACUCAUUGGUAGUUAAAGUUUUGAUAGACGAAAAUAAAUCCGCUCAUAGUGUACAAUUCAUAAAAAGAGGAAAAUUGAUUACAGCCAGUGCUAAGAAAGAAAUUAUCAUGUCAGCUGGAACAGUUAAUUCAGCAAAACUGUUGAUGCUCUCAGGAGUCGGACCUCAGGAACACCUUCAAGAUUUAGGGAUCAAGACGGUUACUGACUUGAAGGUUGGCUACAACUUACAAGAUCAUUUUGUUAUGAGGGGAUUUAUAGUUAGCUUCGAUAUAGAUGUCCCAUCUAGUGACUCAAUAGGUGACACUUUUCAAUUUUUAUAUAAUUCAAAAGGCAAUCUAGCUAGUAUCAAUGCGCUGACCUUCAAUGGUUUUGUUAAAACUGUUCAAGCAACAUAUCCCAACAUCCAAAUGUAUUUCUUGUAUCUUCCAAAAAACUCAACUGACGGCCUCCAGAGAACUUUAAGGAAAGUGAACUUUAAUGAUGACAUCAUAAAAUCUCUUGUAGACAUAAAUUCAAGGAAAUAUAUAAUGUUUAUAUGGUCAGGCCUGUUGAGACCGGUAAGUCGAGGAAGAAUACUCUUGAGGAGUGACGAUCCUCACGAUUAUCCUCUCAUAUACCCGGGGUAUCUCUCCCAAGAAGCCGAUGUCACAGACUUGUUAGAGGCCAUCCAGUUUACAAAUAAUCUGAUGAAGACGGGAGCUAUGAGGAAUGUUGGUGCCAAAGUUGAGGAGAUUGAUAUCCCAGCCUGUAACAUGUUCCCGUUCCAGACAGAGCUCUAUUGGCGCUGUAUGAUUCCCCAGAUGUCCUGCCCUGCAUACCACCAGGUCGGCUCCUGUAUGAUGGGCCCUGCUGAGAGUAAAUGGUCUGUAGUGGAUCCACAUCUCUCUGUUCACGACAUCAAGGGAUUGAGCGUGGCCGAUGCUUCCAUCAUGCCUACCAUUAUUAGUGGGAACACCAACGCCCCUGUAAUCGCAAUAGCUGAGAAAGCGUCAGACCUCAUCAAAGAGCGUUGGAGAGGAUUAUGAAAUGUAACAAUGUAAUCCAAACAAUCUAAGUUUAACACAAGUCAAUAGUUUGCAAGUAAACACUGAUUCUAAGCUUAAUAAAUAUUUAUUUUUUUUAAAAUUAUAUUUAUUAACUCUGAGCCGAAAUAAAUGAAAAUACAACUGUUAUAUAACUAAUACAAAUAUAU